CUAAAAUCACUAACGUUAUGUGAGUCCAACUGAACGGUUUAGUUUUUUUUGUUUUUCUUUUUACUUCGAGUUGUUUUUUUUUUUAUUUAACACUCGGAAUAAAAUUUAUAAUAUUUAAUCAAGCAUAGAAUUAAAAAAAUGAUCAAAAAACUUAUUUUAAUUAACGUUAGAAUUAUCGUCGCGAUAACUGUGCUAAGUGCAUCUAUACUGUUAUAUCAAUAUAUUGCCCAGCCUUUGGUUUUACCAAAAUUCAAUACCACCAAGUACUGGGGUCCCGGUGACGGGAAUACUUACAUCGAGGAUAAAAGGAUUAGGCCUCUCAAAAUCCUUUAUGAUCGUGAUACAAUCAACGAACUUCGAAGAAGUCUCGAUAGACCAUUAGACCUUCAAAAUCCCUUGGAAGAAGCUGGAUUUCAGUAUGGUUUCAAUAGUCGACUUAUGCGACCACUAAUCGACUAUUGGAAAAGUAUUUAUCUGCCAAAAUGGAAGGUCCGACAGGACUAUCUAAAUCAGUUCAAACAUUUCAUGACACAAGUUAAUGGCUUACACAUUCACUUUAUUCACGAACAUCCUCAUGAACUUCCACCUGAAGUUGGAUACAUUCGAAUACCGGUACUACUUUUGCACGGAUGGCCAGGAUCAAUAAGGGAGUUUUAUGGUUUUAUUCCGAAACUUCUAACCUAUUCGGAUGAUCAUAUUUAUGGUUUUGAAGUUGUUGCACCAAGUUUGGUUGGGUUUGGAUUUUCAUCGUCGUCGUCCAAAAAAGGCUUCACCACCUAUGAAAUGGCCAUUGUUAUGCGUAAUCUCAUGCUUCGCCUGGGCUAUAAUCGGUUCAUUGUGCACGGAGGCGAUUGGGGAUCAGUAAUCGGAAGUCAAAUGGCCACCAUGUUUCCCGAAAACGUCAUUGGCUUCCACACCAAUUUGUGUGUAAUGCAAACUCCUCUAGCAUUAUUCAAAACCAUGAUAGCCAGUAUUUAUCCGCCACUUUUCGUUCGCAAACAACAUGAACCCUAUCACUUUCCAAUCACUGAGAAAUUCAAAUGGCUAAUCGAAGAAAGUGGUUACUUCUUUUUGCAAGCAACCAAACCCGAUACAAUUGGUAUUGCAUUGGCAGCAAAUCCUGUGGGAUUAGCAGCGUACAUUUUGGAGAAAUUCUCAACUGGAACAAAUAUUCAGCAUCGGAAUUUAGACGAUGGAGGAUUAUUCGAUAUGUCCAUUGAUCUGGAUGCAAUGUUGGACAAUAUUAUGAUUUACUAUUUGGGCAAUAAGAUUAUGUCAAGCAUGAGAUUUUAUGCUGAAUCAAUGUCUCGAAUACAAUCGAAAUAUCAGUUUGAUAGAGUUCCAACGGAUGUUCCGAUGGGAUGUAUUCGCUUUAAGAAUGAUCUUCCGACGCCUGUUGAUUGGGCGCUGCGAGAUAAAUAUCGAAACAUCAUUCAUGUAGAGUACUCGGAUCGUGGAGGACAUUUUGCAGCAAUGGAAGUGCCUGAUAUACUUUAUAAAGACUUUAUUGUAUUUGUGAGGAAAUUGUGUAACAUUACAGACUGUUCAAACUAAGUAUAAAUAAGCAUAUUAUAAUUAUUAAAUGUUAAAUCUCUGUAGUACAUUAAAAACAAUUAAAGUGGAUAAGAUGAA